GGAGCCUAAUGAAGAACUGCUCCAGAAUAUGUCUAAACACCACAGAGAUUUCGCUUCCUCUCAUAUUGAAUAUAGUAUCGGAUGACCAGCAUGUCCUUACUUUGCUCAAAUGUCCUUAACCUCAAGGUCUAAACCUCAGAUUGGUCCUUGAAAGCUUUAUGGAGGACUGGAGGAGUCCACGCAGACCUGAUUGGAGGAAGGAAGAAAAAACCUCUGGGACGUGUGGUGGUGUGUUUUUUUUUUUUUUUUUUUCUUCUUCAAUGCAAAGCGAGGAGUCAUGUCAUAUUAACGGCAGCGGAGUUGCGCGGCAGCCUCGUGUGAACGCAGACGGUCAGCGCGCGCGGAACCAGCGCGAUGAUGCGCGGCUGCAGAGGCGGACCGGAGGCUGACGAGCUGGACCCUCUGCCGGGGAUGUCGACGGAGAGGAGCCCCUGAAUCCGGGGGAAGACAACCAUGGACCACCGCGCCGCCUCGUCCGCCGCCCGUCGCUCCUUCAUCUCCUCGUUCUAGUGGACCUGGACGCCGUGUGGGCGAUGCUGCCACAAGGGAGGCUUUGUGUGAUUGCGCCGCGAUGUUUCGCAGCCGUUGCAUAAAUUAGAACAAGAAAAGCGAUCGGAGGAGGAAAAAAAAUCUAAGGAGACAUCACCACCUGUUACCAGAAAGGUCUGACAGCCAUGAUCCGGAGAGGCCCCCUGCCACGGCUGAGUUCGGGGAUCAACUCGUCGCUCCAUGGCUAGACCUCACUGCACAAAGAGCCGGGGGCCUUUCUGCUGAGAAUCCUUUACUGCAUAGUAGCACAUGGAUUUCAAGACUUCAAAUGAAGAGACAAAGACUGGGAUUUAUUUGAUGCAAGAAGGUAAUGAGGAGCCAUUUAAUGUUCGACUGCACUUGGCCAAAGAUAUUCUGACCAUUCAGGAACAAGAUGUCAUCUGUGUGUCGGGAGAACCUUUUUAUUCAAGUGAGAGGACUGUAACGAUCCGGAGGCAGACCAUCGGCGGCUUCGGCCUGAGCAUCAAGGGCGGAGCGGAGCAUAAAAUCCCUGUUGUCAUAUCAAAAAUUUCAAAAGAACAAAAAGCCGAGCUCUCCGGGCUGCUGUUCAUCGGAGACGGCAUCCUUCAGAUAAAUGGAAUAAACGUCAGGAGCUAUCGCCACGAGGAAGUGGUUCAGGUUUUGAGGAAUGCGGGUGAAGAAGUGACGUUAACCGUGUCGUUUCUGAAGAAGACUCCGGCGUUCCUGAAGCUGCCCCUGUGUGAGGACUGCACAUGCAUCCCCAGUGAUCAGAGCAGUGGGACCUCCUCUCCUCUGUGCGACAGCGGCCUGCACUUGAACUACCAUCCUAACAACACGGACACGCUGUCCUGCUCCUCCUGGCCCACAUCCACAGGUCUCCGCUGGGAGAAGAGAUGGGUGGACCUGCGCCUCAUUCCUCUGCUGCACUCACACCUGUCGCAGUACAUGCCCGGCUCUGACACCUGCAGGAAAAAUGCUUUCCAAGUCAUUGCGGUGGACGGAGUGUGCAGUGGAGUUCUACAGUUCCCCACCCCUGAAGACUGCUUGGACUGGCUUCAUGCAAUAGCAAGCAACAUUUCCAGCCUCACCAAGCACAAUGUGAAGAAGAUUAACCGGAACUUUCCAGUCAAUCAGCAGAUCAUCUACAUGGGCUGGGUCGACGAGAAGGAACAGGACUCCGUUCAGGAUCGAAUGUACACACCUAAGUUCCUCGCUUUGAGGGGUUCCUCGCUCUUCAAGUUCACAGCACCCCCGGUGACAACAUGGGACUGGACGCGAGCGGAGAAAAGCUUUACUGUGUACGAGAUCAUGUGCAAGAUUUUAAAGGAGAAUGACCUUCUGGACAAGAGGAGGCACUGCUUUAGCGUCCAGACGGAGAGCGGCGAGGACAUGUUCUUCAGCGUGGAGCUGGAGUGUGACCUGCUGGUCUGGGAGAAGGCUUUUCAGAUGGCCACAUUCCUGGAGGUGGAAAGGAUCCAGUCCAAAACGUACGCCUGUAUCAUGGAGAGCCACCUAAUGGGACUGACGAUCGACUUCAGCAUGGGCUUUGUGUGCUUUGAUGCUGCUUCAAAGGCGGUUUUGUGGAGGUACAAGUUCUCCCAACUGAAGGGGUCGUCUGACGACGGAAAGAGCAAGAUCAAGUUUUUAUUCCAAAACCAAGAAUCCAAAUCUAUUGAAGCAAAGGAGCUGGAGUUCUCGAACCUCUUCGCUGUACUUCACUGUAUUCACGCGUUUUUUGCUGCCAAAGUUGCUUGUCUGGACCCCGUGUUCGUGGAGAGCCAAGGCACCGCAACCAACGCCGGGAUUCCCUCUCUGUCCGGACUGUCCUGCAACUCACAGACGCCCAAACUCAAAUACACCACCUGACAGACGCUGCUCUCCCUGGAACCUGCAAGCAGCCGCGGCCUAAAAAAAGUGGACAGGACUUCUGGGAGAUGAUCGACUUUUUCACUGUCAGUCAGCGGCGUGCCCGGAAGUGCUCUGCCGGAAAUCCCAGGAUUUCUGGAAAAACUUUGGACCUGGCUUUGAGUCUUUAACUCACAUAGAGACGAUAUAAAAUGUGCAAUUAAAAGUAUUUUUAAGUGAUUUUGUCUUUCUUUGAAUUAUGGAACAUAUAGAAGACAUCAUAAUGGAAAUGCAGUACUUUUCUCAUCUCUUUUUCUAUGUAAUUCUGUCAAAAACACAGGGGUCAGAUGCAUAAAACUGUAGUUUCAUGAAUAAAAAUCUGUCAUUUCAGUUCAAAAUCUGUUUUUUUCAAUAAAAAUCAGAAGGAUGAAAGCAAUAGUCAAGAGAAAAAGCACAAUUUUAAAUACUGAAGUAGAGGAAACACAUUUGUAACAGAAAACAGAAGAAUGGGACUAAUUAAACUAAAAUCAGAGGCGUACUUGGCAGUUUGGGGGCCCCAGGCGAACAAAAACACGGGGCCCUCUGCAGCAACUGAAUGAUGAGUUGAAGAAUAGAAUAAAACAGGACACUGUGGAGUAGAAACAAUAAAAAAA